UGUAUGCGGCGCGCUGCAUGCGGUGAGGCAUGGCGGUUUUUUCUUGCAGUGCGCGUGCGGUGAAAAGUCAAAAUAUAAAGAAUUAUCUAUAUUUACAUUGUUCAAGUUGUUAUCAAUACGUUAUCAAUUGUAAUGAUUGUACCAAACUUCAAACUAUCUAAUAACACAGAACAUUAUUUUUGGUAUUUUUUAAAAAUAUAUUUACCUAUACACUUGAAACUUAUAAAAAUGGCGGAGGAUUGUGAAAAAAUGGUGCAAUUGGUUAAGCACAUCGAAAACCACCCAUGUCUUUUUGAUUACAAUAGAGCGGAUUAUUCUAACGACACAGUCAAGACAGCAGCAUGGCAUGAAAUUGCAAAGGAAAAUAAUUUAUCAGUGGCUGAUUGUAAAGAAAAGUGGCGAAAUAUCCGUGGACGAUAUUUACGCCAACUUAAAGAUGUGCCACCAAGUGGAUCAGGGACCAAACGAAAGAAAGUCUAUUACCUUACUGAUUAUUUACACUUUAUUGACCCUUACACCACAUCCCGACCUCAAACUGGCAACCUUACAGGUCUCACAGUAAGUGAAAAUAGUAUUGACUAUUUAGAAGUAGAUGAAAUAGAAUAUGGUUAUGAACAUGAAGAAAGAUCUAUAACAGAUACACAUAGCAUCAAUAAAUGUAUCAAAAAAAAAAGUGGCAUAGAUAGUUCAUCAAAAAAACAACAAUGCUCUUCAUUAGAUGAACUUAAUGUUGCAGCUGCUGGGUAUUUUAAAGAAAAAAGAUCCCAAAAAAAAUCAGAAGAAUUACAAGAUCAUGAUAUGGACUUUUUAAAGAGCUUAUUACCUGAUAUUAAAUCAUUAGAUUCCCAUAAUAAAAGAAAGUUAAAAAUUAACAUUAUGCAAUUAGUCGAUGAUGCUUGUAAAGAGGCAUCAUACAAUAAGAAUACAAAUGUUCAUAAUAUUCAUGACACUCUAUCAUAUUCAAGACAACCUUUACAAGAUCAACAACCACUGUCUAAUUUUCAACUAAGAGAACUAUAUUAUAAGCAACCACCACAGCUAUUUUCACAUCUUGAACGACCACCUUCAUCUUAUGACAAAGAACCACCAACCCAACAACAAAGAUCUACACACCAUAAACAUGAAAUCGACCCAAUGACUCAAUAUCAACCACCAGCAACGCAUGCCCCAAUUUGGACUCCUUUAUAAUGUAACUUAUACAUUUAUGAUUUAUGUUUAAUAUAUUAUUACUAAUAUAUAAACUUGUUAAAAUAAAAUAAAUUAAAAGGUGUUUAAUAAAUGUUAAUUGUAUAAAUAAAGUACCUAGUAACAGAUGUGAUUGCGGGUACUAUUUAAACUUAUAUAAGGAUAGGUAUCAUGAGAGAAAACAUUUUCUGAUUUUGUUCAGAAAUUACCC